GACAGAUCUCAGUCCACAGCGACGAUCGUCCCAUCUCCUGGAUCUCCUGUAUACUUGUGCUCCCUCAACGGUGACACAGCCAUACCUUGCACCAUUGAUCCGGGCUUUAUCGCGCACCGUUCCAGUUUUCUCGCUCAUCGAUCGGGCUGACCCAGGUUUAUCGAUAUCCACCUCGCCACAAGAAAACAAACAAUCGACCGAUUGUCUAGCCUCGACCUCUUCUCUGUGAAUCCGACUUGCAUCACUCUGCUAUCACAUUUGGAGGACCUGUUUUAUCAUUAUCUGUUAUCUGUUACGGAUAUUGCCACUUGCAUUUGAUCUGGACACGACAACGACCAACGACUUGGACUUGAACUUGAAUUCGAAUUUACGAUGGCUUCAUACGGUCUUCACGCAAAUAACGGGGCUCUGUCCAGUUCAUACGGAACUUCAUACACUAUUCAAAGUAACCUGGAGAACCUGAUCGCCAAUCACGUCCUCUCGCCUAACCAAGAAUCCGCCCGCCGCUUCUCCGAGUCUUCGCAACAAUCUUCCCAUGAUCAUCAUGGCGGAAGACCUCAUAUGGGAGCGAGGCAUCCGAGUGUGAUUCCGGAGGAGCAGCCUUUGAUGGACGAUGACGAGGAGGAGGAGGACGAUCGUAGAAAUGAACGCAGUACCAACAACAGGACUGAAACCAACAGGAAUAACGACAACAACAACAACAGAAGACCCGGCCAUGUCACUUCGGACUCGGUGUUUUCCCAGUCGACCCGUUCGACAGAGGAUGAUCGGAUUCCUGAUAUCGUCGUCAACGCCUUUGCCGGGUACGCCCGUCGAGCCUCUGUCCUGUCCACCAUCGCCAACAACUUGCACUUCGGACACGGCGGGAAUCACGAGAGGAGGGAGUCGAUGUUGUCCCAGUACUCGGCUUCCGACCGAGCCAGGUUGGCCAAGUUGACGACGAUCGUCUCUGGGGCAGAGACGGGGGAAGAGGUGGAUGAGAUCCAUCAGGCGCAGCAUCAUGGACAUCAUCAUCACCAUGGUCAUCGGAGCAAUUCGAUGUCGCCCAAGCUGGGAAGGUCGAGCUUGAGGUUCACCCCACUCGAACCCCCUACUAACGCGGGUACGGACGAACGGACUCCUCUUCGAUCCACCGAACCUCGCGCUCUGGAAGAGGCCGUCCAGACCGAGGAAGACGACGACGCCUCCUCUUCACCCGGUACCGAUUGCGCAGAGACCCACAUGCUCCUCGAUCCCGCUACCGAACUAGACCCGAUCGCCGACCUUCACCUCGCCGCUCCUACCCCUUCCCAUCCCACCCCCACCUGGUACUCCUCCGCAUGGGCGGAAACCAAAGUCCUCUGCGCCUCGGCAGCUCCGAUCUUUGGGACCCAGUUGUUGGAGUAUUCUUUGCCCCUGGCGAGCGUCAUCUCGAUCGGUCAUCUUUCGACGACGGACCUAGCGGCGAGCGCUUUGGCGAACAUGACGGCGGCUGUGACCGGGUACUCGAUCUUGCAAGGAUUCAUCUCUUCCCUGGAUCUGGUUAUGCCUACCGCGUGGACGUCGAGCGAGCCGCAGCGAGUCGGGUAUUGGUUGCAGCGAUGUGCGAUUAUCGUCUUGGCUCUUAUGGUCCCGAUCGUCAUCGUCUGGAUGAAUGCCGAGAACAUCCUCCUGCGUCUGGGUCAAGACGAGGCAGUGGCCUACCGUGCCGGGUUGUACAUCCGGUACCUCGCCGUCGGUCUGCCAGGGUACGCUUUGAACCAGAUGAUGCGAAAGUACUUUAUGGCUCAAAAUUUGCAAGGCGUGCAUCAAGUCAUCAGCGGGAUCGUCGCCCCGCUCAACCUGGGUUUGAACUACCUCUUGGUGUGGGGUCCUCCUGCUGUCAGGAUCGGUUUCGUCGGCGCGCCGUUGACGACCUCGAUCAGUUUCAAUCUUUCCGCUACGCUCGCUGUUGUCUGGGCCAUGUUCUUUGCUCCAAAGACGGCUUGGAACGGAUGGGGCGGUUUCACUGGGGAACAGGCCUUGUUCUUGCUCACUCAGGGAUCUUUCGGCGCCUUGCAAGUCGCCAGUGAAUGGUGGGCUUGGGAGAUUUGCGGUCUCAUGGUCGCCUCUCUAGGAACGGUCGAGCUCGCCGUCAACUCGGUCCUCCUCUCGUUCUCUUCGAUCCUCUUCCAGUUCCCUCUCAGUGGAGGCAACGCCGCGGCCAACCGAAUCGGUAACUUGUUGGGAGCCAACCGACCUGUAGAAGCGAGUUUGGCCAGCAAGGUCGCCCUCGCGCUCGCAGUCGGCGUAUCGAUGUUCAACAGUGCUAUUCUCGUUGUUCUGAGACAUCAGAUCGCAUACCUCUUCACUUCGGACCCUGUCGUCGUCGCUGGUGUCGCCCAGCUCACCAUCUACGUUGCCUUGUUCCAGACUGCCGAUGGUAUCGUCGGUGUCGGUGGUGGUACCAUGCGUGUCCUCGGUCUGGUCAGGAAGGGCGCCAUCAUCAACCUGAUGGCCUAUUACAUCAUUGGCUUGCCUAUCGGAGCCUUCCUCUGUUUCAAGCGGGACAUGGGUCUCCGAGGCCUCUGGAUCGGUCUGUCCGUCGGUAUCACCUUUGCGGGUAUCGCCACGGCCGUCUUGCUCCUCCGCGUCGACUGGGUCGCUACUGUCACCUUGGUCCGUAAGAAGUUGGGCUUGCACAAUAUCAAGCCGGGCGAGGGUGAAGAAGAAGCCGUCGUCGCCAAGAGCUACGGUACCAUGGGCGGUGGACAUUGAGCUACCACAACCCGGUCAUCCAGACAUCCACAGCGAUAUCCAUCCCUACCUUUCUUUACGAAUCGCCGACUUGCGCUUCUGCCAUUCAGGUUUACCUAUAAUACGGCGAUGUAUCAUCUGCCUAAGCGUUCGCCAUCUUUUAAUCUCACAUUUAUAUGCGUCUCCCUUCAUGUAUGACCGAGAUGUAAAGCUUGCUAGUCCUCCGCAUGGACCUUGCUUGUAUACGCAUUUGUUGUGCUUUUCGUGA